ACUGUAGACCGUGUAGGCCCCAGUACACAGGCGGUCGAACAUACGCACGCACGCUACGUGUCGAAUAGGACUGGCAGAGGAGAAAUCGCCGUUUUAAAACUCGUACAAUGUGACACAUGUGAUUUGGAUUAACACGGAUUAAAAUCUCGAGGUCACAUUUAUAUCAACCCUGGCACCAAUAAUGAAGAAGCCGGGAGCCGGCUCCAGCAAGAGCGGGCUGGGUUCCAUCGGCAAAAGUGGACUUGGUGGCGGAAAGAGCGGAGUCACUUCAGGCAAGGGCAGUGUAAUGGGCUCUUCUAGCAAAACUGGGAGUUCCCCCGCCAAAAUUAUUAGUUCUACUACCAAAAGCUUCUCAAGUCCUAUAAGUAAGAACAGCGGAACAUCGAUACCGAAAAGCGCUAGCCCUAAAACAUCGAAAUCAUUCGAUUUCUCACCAAGUAAAUCAAAGCCCCUCACCCCGUCAUCACCAAAAAGCUAUCCGUCGUCAUCUUCGUAUAACGUAUACGGAACACCUAAGAGUGGAAAAUCGACGUCCUUUGGCAUUAUAUGGAUUCCAACUGGCAAACGCAGCAAAAAGAAGGACAUUGUGCUCAACUACAAUAAUGACGAUCGACGACGAGAGAGGUCACCCUCUUUUUACAAACUCAUGUCCGGUGAUUCUCAUGACACAACUCACAAGAAGACCGAUGAUGACACAGGCCUAUUAAUUGGUCCGGAUCGCAAGUUACCCACAGCCACAUUAGCUGCUACGGAAACGGCGGUGGCAGCAAAUAUUACAGCUUCCAACUUAGAUGAGAAACAGCAUCUAAUAAAACAAGACAAUGAUGAAACUAAAGAGGCAGCUGGUGAUGCUAAGGACAAUGAAGACACUGAUGAUGAUAAAGACUAUUUAAGCAAUGAGGAACCCAUAAGACAUAAAUUGCCUGACACCUCUGAACCGGACAGUGUUUACCUCCGAGCCCCACCUCCACACAAAGCUCGAUCAGCCACCUCUACACAGGAAGAAGACAGCUGUGGUAUUAAGUGUCUGUAUUAUACUCUGCAAUGCUGUGAUUGUGUUCUUAUGUAAGCUGCCAUGCAUUUUAGAGGUAGGUAUGUUUCUAAAGGCCUGGAGCCAAUAGGAAUGCCAGUGUUUGCAAAUGUCAUUGAAUUAUUUUAUUUUUUUUUUCAAGGAAAUGAGUAAUUUGUAGAUAAAUAUAACUGGAGCAAUCUAUGGCAUGAAUUGCAAGAUAUUGUAAUACAUAUUAUGAUAAUGGUUUAGGAGCUGAUAAAAUAAUUCUAGAAAUUGUAAAUUAUCUCUGGUUUUAAGUACCAUUUUGAUUUUUUGUUGAUAUCGAAGAUAGGCAUUCACUCACUCAAGGCUGACAAUUUAUUAACUUGAAACUUUAAAAACAUGUUAUUGUGGUAUUAAUUGUUCAGUAUGUCAUAUAAGCAUAGUGCUACUGCAACUAUUUCUCCCGCAACAUGUGAUAAAGACAGUGACUUUCUCACUCUUGAAUAUUGUUUUAUUAAUUUCUCAUGGCGCCCUAUUGAUUCCUGGAGUAAAAUUAUGUCUAUUUUGGUUAACGGACAAUUAUUCGCAGACGGAUUCUCCAAGUAAAGUAUGGCAGAAUUUCAUCAUGCAAUUGGUUGUUUUCAAGAGUAGUCAGUAGGUAGCACAAUGCAGAUUUACUUUUAUAUCAAAUACAAUAAAACACUGGCAAGAAUGUGAAUCUUGACAUCUGGUAUUGUAUGAUAAAAGCCCCAUCUACCUACUAAUAAAUCAGUCUGCAGAACGAUGUUUGGCGAAACGUUGUCUGCUAAAUGAUAAUCUGCGAAAAAUUGUCGUAGUAUUAUAUUAGGAGCCCAUUUAUCACAUUCCAAACAUGCAGUUAGUUUGUAUGAUCAUUUAUGCUUUAUAAAAUGUAACUUUUCAAUACCAUUUGACAGGAUAAGAAAGUAAAAAAAAGCUUUUACAGGUGAAGAAAUUUCGUGCUGAAAGUUUAUUCUUGUGAUUAAUUAUCCCAGUAGAUAUUUGCUUGCACAAUCUGUAAGGCUGCUUUAGGUUUUAGUUGAUAAAAUAAGCCAUUUAAGAAACAAUAUUCCUAAACAUUUGUGAUAAUGACAAAUCAGAGAUCUACUUUUUAUAAAUUCAUAUUUUGACUUCUCAUGAGAUCUUUAUAUAUUAUACUUAAGUUUAAGUAAACAUAAGAUAGAAUUACCUAUAUGAACACCAUUGUAUGGUGCUAUUUUUGGGUCCUUAUGAGUAAUGGUGUAAAUCUAUUACUAGAUUAGGUGCUUUCAGAAUCAUUAGUUUACCAGACUGUAAACGCCCCUGUGAGCUUUAUAUCUUCUAUACAAUAAUUGUUAUGUUAGUUUAAAUAUGGACCAUUUGAUACAGAAGACUCCUGAGGGCACAUUUACAUAAGGCUUACAUUAAGCACAGUCAGAGGAGUACUAACUGCCGCAUUGCGAUAACUUUACUGCAUAGAAAGUUGUUUGUAGGGGGUUGGGGUCAGUUAUAUAUGCAGCUUACUGUACAUAGUUUGACGUACAGUCAGCGUCAUAUAUUAGGUAGCAUCCAAAGUAUUCAAAUAGUUCGGUAUACCAUAUAAUUUGUAUGGCGUACCGAACUAUUGGAAUACUUUGGAUGCUACCAAUAUAUGACGCCGACUGUACACUGACAGUAGCUUACUGUGAGCAAAGAUUUAUUGAUUGUUUUAGAUGUGUAAUGUCCCUGGUUGGAACUGUCAAAUUAGUAGCGCGAAUUUGUCUUAGACUUAACCCUUUGACCAUUAUUUUUUUAUAGCAAUGAAUCGAGAACUUUAACGAUACGGACAGCAUGAAUUAUUUUUUUUAUGAUUUUUGAGAAAGAGAAAUGUAUAUAUUAUUUCGGGGUUUCUGAAUUAUAAGACGGCAAUAUGUUUGCCGCUAUCAGCCAAGGGCAGCAAGUGACAAGACCGUCAUGUCAGUUUGCCGGGGGAACUACGGGUGGCAUGAAGUAUCUAAAAUGAAUAAAUUAAAAACCAAUAGAAUGAUAAGAAAUAAUUAAAACCUUUAUAUCAUUUAACUUAAAAAGAUUUUUUGUUUAUUCUGUUUAUAAUAUUUUUAAUAUAUACUAUUAUAUGUAGGUAUUGUAUAUUAUUUCCAAGUAGGUAUUGUAAUCCCAGCAAAACUGUGGAUAGGUUGCUAGCAUGUAAUAAUUUGAAUUAUUGAAUUAGGCUAUUGCUCCAUAUAUAAAUCAAUAUCAAAUAGUAGCCUAACCUACCCUUUCCUUUAAUAAACACCAGACACUUAACGGAUAGUGGCAAAUAUAUUGCAGUCUUAAUUUUUUUAAAUUAUCAAACAACAGAUUUUUUUUCCUUAAAACUUUAUAUCGCCAAACUUGUCUCUGAAACUAGAGAAUUGUGACUAUCGGAUAAAUCCAGCAAAGAAAGUUUUAUUUACAGACCUUUUUGAUCAAAUGUAGGCAAUAGUUAAAAAUCUAAGUUCAGGCCUAAGAAUCAUCAUUUAACAAGGGAUGAAAUAACGUUUAUCAGCUCUCCUUUUUUUCGUAGAUUGUUACGAGUAUAUUCUCUUAUGCGAACAAAAAUUUAUAUUAACUAACAACACGUUCAUUGAGAAAAAAAAAAUAUUUGAGUGGUAUGGCGGCAAAUAUCUUGCCGUUACCCACUAAAGGGUUAAACACAACUAAUACAAUACUUACCAAUUGUCUUUGCUGUGAGCCACAAACUGUGAGCCUGAUGUGAAUGUGCGUUAGAUUAGAAGUCUUCAUUUGUACAAAAAAGAUGAAUUGUAGGUGAUAUAAUAUUACGUUUUGAGUAUAUACGCCCUUUUGUAACUGCCAGUAAAUAAACUGUUUACCUGAUGAAGUGUAAAAUAUAUUUUAGUAUAAAUAAAUAAAAAUAUGCG